AUACAUGUCACACAAAUUAACCUCAACCAGCUAACAUUCAUUUCAUGCAAUAUAAUAUACAAUAUUCUUCUUCCAUGUAACAUAAUCUUAUCACAUCUUUUCAAACACAUCAUCAUCACCAUUAUUUCUAAAUAAAUAAACUCCACCACCUUGAAAGCGAUAAUCUUCCUACCAAAACCUCCACCUUCUAAUUUCCACUCUCAAACCACCAUCACACUUAAACCAUUUCUCACUUUCUUCACAAAAACCAUCAAACCUUAUUUUCUCCAAACUCAACCAACAACCUCAAAAACCAUGUCGGUAAAAGAGUGUAACCACCACAAAGGAAAAAAACACAAACGUUUAAGAAAAAUCUUCUGGGGAAUCAUAAUCUUCCUCUUCAUCGUCCUUGUCACAAUUCUAAUCAUCUGGGCUAUCUUAAAACCUUCAAAACCAUCUUUCAUUCUUCAAGAUGUAACAGUUUACGCUUUCAACGCCACAGUUCCAAAUUUCCUCACCUCAAAUUUCCAAGUCACAGUUUCUUCUCGCAACCCAAACGACAAAAUCGGCGUUUACUACGAUCGUCUUGAUACUUACGUAACUUACCGGAGCCAGCAAGUUACUUACAGAACCGCCAUACCACCGUCGUAUCAAGGACAUAAAGAAGUUGACGUUUGGUCGCCGUUUGUUUACGGAACUAACGUUCCGGUGGCACCAUAUAACUUUGUUGGUUUAAGUCAAGAUCAAACUAACGGUAACGUUCUUGUUGUCGUUAAACUUGACGGUAGAGUUAGAUGGAAAGUUGGUGCUUUCAUUUCUGGUCAUUACCAUAUUUUUGUUCGUUGUCCUGCUUUUAUUACGUUUGGUUCAAGGAGUAACGGAAUUAGCGUCGGAGAUAGCGGCGCUGUUAAGUAUCAGUUAGUUCAACGGUGUACCGUUAAUGUUUGAAAGGUUCAGUUAACGGCGUUGAGUAUACUCUGUUUCAUACUCCUUCCUCUGUUUUUCCUCUGUUCCUUGGUAUAUUACUCUGUUCUGUUUAGUUCUGUUUUUAAUUACACGUAUUAUUAUUAUUUUCUUUCACGGCAUUUGAAUUGUACAUUUAGUUGUUAUUAUUAAUGUUAUUAUAUAGUAGUAAUUAUUGCUAUAGAAUAAAAAUUUACUUGGAGCUAUAUGGGAAUAUUGAUGGAGGAGAUAGAGAUAUAGAGAAAAAUUAUAUUAUGUAUUGUAAGUUGUAAUACUUUCAUUUGAGGUGAAUCAAUACAUUAAUAAAAUACUUUUUAUUUUUA